AUGGAGAAACAGAUAUUUGGCUUAAAAUUCGCUGCAAAACAAAUGCAGCGUUGUGCAAUUCGUUGCAACAAAGACGAGGUGGAGUCUAAGAAUAAAUUAAAGGCUGCUAUCAAGAAGGGGGACCAUGAAGGUGCAAGAAUCCAUGCAGAAAAUGCGAUUCGACAUAAGCACACCGCAACCAGCUAUCUGAGACUUGCUGCGCGAAUCGAUGCUGUUGUCUCUAGGGUUCAGACAGCCAUGACUACCAAAAAUUUUACUAAGAGCAUUAUGACAGUUGUCAAUUGUAUGGAAAACGCAGCCAAGACUAUGGAUAUGGAAAAGGUUAGCUGUCUCAUGGAUAAAUUCGAAAGAGAAUUCGACAACAUGGAUAUACAGUCAAAGCUUGUGAGCUCCUCGCUAGCCAAUGCGAUGUCCAUUUCAACUCCUGAAAAUGAAGUUCAAGGACUGAUAAAUCAGGUAGCUGACGAAACUGGAAUAGAACUGAACUAUGAACUCCCUGGUUCUACUCACGGUUCAGUUUCGGUGGCCCCUAUUUCAGCGGAAGAGGAAGAUGGUCUCACGCAACGCUUAGCUAGACUUAGACAAUCUUGAAUCCAUGGGUCAAUUGAAGCUAGACUACCAUUGAUAACCUGGAAGCAUCGAACGGCCGUUUCGUCCUAGUAUCGGACUCCUCAGCAGUGCACAUCCACGAUCCCGCCUCGCGAGAUUCGAACCCAGGGCCUAUCAGUCUCGCGUGCAAGCGCUUAACCGCCCUCUCUAAUUAUAAUUGUCAAUAUGCCUAUUUUUUCUGAUGACCAUUUAGUCAGUAUAGAUGGUACAUAAAUUUGUUUAAAAAAUUCAGUUUAUUACCUCUCUAAAUAUAACACUAUAUAUAUCGUUAAAGCCUCGGAAGAAUAAAAUUUAUCAUUUAUACAAUAAAACGCUAUAGAAUACUAAAUAUUCCAACUUCUAUUACAUUGGAUUAUUGUUCGGGAUAUAGCAACUAUCCUACAACCAAAAUCCAUUAUGAUUAAGCCGUUUUUAUUAACUUACUUAAAAGAAAAUUUAUUUGGACAGUGACAAUUCGCAUAUUUCUUUGUACAGUUAUGAUCAUGAGAUUAAAUGAUAGACUACAGCUAAAAUGUUGAUUGCUUAAACGUCACUCGAUAAUUCAUUCUCUUCCCCAUGUAUAUAUGUACUCAAAUCCUAUUAUUAAUUCUUGCUUUGCCUUGUUGCGUCCUUAUACAAUUUGAC